CAAAAACAAAACCAGUAAAAAAUCUCAUCUGCGCUGAAUAUUCAGAUGAGAUGUUGACGAUGAUCUGCGUUCGGCCUGAGGUUCAGUUCAAGUUUUUGGGCUCGGUCUUGUAUAAAUAGUUAGCCAUUGAGCCUCUUCAGACAGAAGCUACUCGAUCGCUCUUGGAGUAACAGAUUGCAGCUGUCAUCAUGAAAUUCCUGGUUGUUGCCUUUGCCGUUCUGGCCUGCGCCUAUGGUGAUGUCUCCCAUUUGGGUUACGACUACUCUCCUCCGGCCCCAGCUCCGGUUUACCAGCCCGCCCCGGCUCCGGUCUACCAGCCCGCCCCCGCUCCGGUCUACCAGCCUGCUCCAGCACCAGUUGUGAUCCCUGCUCCUGCUCCAGCUCCAGUUGUGAUCCCUGCUCCUGCUCCCGCUCCAGUUGUGAUUCCGGCUCCAGCUCCCGUGAAGACGUACGUCCCACCCGCACCCAUCAGCAUCCCAGCCCCAGUUUACCAGCCAGCUCCUGCUCCCAUUAGGAUCCCAGCCCCAGUUUACCAGCCAGCUCCUGCUCCCAUCAGCAUCCCAGCUCCGGCUCCAAUUGAGAUCCCUGCCCCAGCUCCAGUGAACACCUACAUUCCCCCCGCACCAGCACCAGCUCCGGUUUACCAGCCAGCCCCUGCUCCCAUUCCCGUGAGCAUCCCGGCUCCAGCUCCCGUUUACCAGCCUGCUCCCGCUCCCGUUGUGAUCCCAGCCCCUGCUCCAGCACCAGUUGUGAUCCCUGCUCCUGCUCCCGCUCCAGUUGUGAUCCCAGCCCCAGCUCCCGUUAAGUCCUAUGUGCCACCUGCACCAAUCAGCAUCCCAGCCCCGGCUCCCGUUUACCAGCCAGCUCCCAUCAGCAUCCCGGCCCCUGCCCCAGUUUACCAACCAGCUCCCGCUCCCGUCUACCAGCCAACCAACACUCAGGUUCUGGAGGAGAUCGAGCCCGCUUCCAAUGAUGGAUACCGCUACAAGACCGUGCGUCGUCGCGUCUACCGUCACCGUUUCUAAACUUACCAAAGCCCAACGAAAAACUGUUUCCUAACGAAUCCCUACGGGGACUCGCAAUAAAAAAUUUCCGCCUUCAAUUUGUUAAACAAAAAGAAAAGUCUUCAAAUUGUUUUCCAAUCAUAGCAAAUCACACGGGAAACAGGAGAAUGGGAAACUCUUAAGUUUGCUCUGGCCAUUUGAGUUGGAAAUUUAUGAAACCCGAAGAGAUGGCGAGACUGGUGGAAUCAACUUGCCAUCGGACAGAUAGUGUCGGUAAGGCAUGGGGCAUGGGGCAGCAGAGGAUAAUAAGGAGUUGCAAGCAAGUUGCGGAACACUCCCAAAGGAUUCGAUUCGAUGGCGGACUCCGCAGUCCUCGCCGCUCCACAUUUAUCACGAAAUUUAUGGCCUGGAAUGAGCUUUGAUGAUGUGGAAAUUUUUUCUCGUUAGAUUCAAAAGUUUUUAGAUGCACUCAGAAAGCGGAAAAU